CCACGCACCGCACCACCACGGCCACCACAAUGCUCGCUCUACGUGCCGUGUCACGCACGGCGCCGGGACUGUCCCGCAGCAUUGGUAGCAAGGCGACCAAGGGGCGCCGACAACGCCGCGCCGCGUCCGCCGCGCUCGCGAGGCUCAGAAGCAACGAGGUCGUCCAGCCUGCUGCUGCCCCCGAGGGCGAGGUCCCGGCCAACGCUAUCACGGCCAAGGUGGCCAUCCCGCAGAACGGUUCCAGAGAAAUAGACAUCAAAGGGAAAUGGGAUCCGUCGCGCGUCGCUGAGCGCCAGGUGCACCCCCGGCAGUCCCUCAAGGCAGGCGAGAAGUACAGGCUCCGGAUAAAGGACGAGUUGGCGGACAAAGGGGACGAGCCGGCCGCCAAGGCGGAGAAUGAACAGGCCGCGAGUGGAUCACAGGACGGAGCGGACACGAACACCAAGAGCUCAGAAGGCAAGGGCCGCAAGGUGAUCAGGUCGUCGGGGGACCGUCCCACCCUUGACACGCCACCCCACUUUGCCCGUACCCACAACUUUCCCCUCGAGCCCAAGGACGGAGAGCGCGGCGAGGAGGGCAAAGGACCGAGCAAGGAGCUGAAGAAGGCGAAGAAGAAGGAGCGCCGCGAGGAGCCUCCGCGCGACGAGUUCCUCGAGCUCUUCCGGCCAGACGACGAGGCAAAGGCAGCGAGCGAGGCAUACGAGCCAGUCGCGUCGGGCAUGCUCGCGCCGUCCGACGUGCCGAUCCGCGGCGUCAAGUCGCCGCGCGAGGCCAAGGUCGCGCGUCUCGCGCGCGGGCUGCAGCGCGUGCUCUUCGCUCCUGGGGUACACUCGCUGCGCGACCCGCGUACGGGCGUGUGGAACUUUGAGCCCGAGCUCGCCGAGGUGCCCGAGCCGGAGCAGUUUGCGUUCCACCGCAUGCCGCAGUACAUUACUGCGUCGAAGGACGACGAGCUGGCCCAGAUGGCCGAAGGCGACGGGCUGCGGUUCAUCGGCUCGACGUCGACCCUCACGCAGGCACUGAGCCAGAUCUACUUCACGCUGAGUGGUGGACGUGGCGUCGACCACACGACGCUCAGCGGCGAGUUCAGCUCCGAGCGCAAGGACUUUACUGCCGGUGCGCAGCUCCCCGCGCUCUUGAAUAUCGAGCUGCUGCCCAACGGCCGCUACGCAAUAGACAACGACAAGAGCAAUGCGAUCGACGAGAAUAUUCUCUCGGAUUACGGCCGUAUUCUCGAGAAGCUGUUAACGGCAGAGAAGGACGACUUUGAAAGAUUCCUCACAUCGUCACCAGAGUCGGCCGUCCCCGAGUCGGAGAGGACGGAGCGCGAGGCGUACUGCUACAGCCGAAGCUCCUCCCUCCUCAUGCGCUCGCAGCUCGAUUGCCAGGACGACAGACUGCCCGGUAACGGAACGUUCGAUAUCAAGACCCGCGCGUGCAUGCCCAUCCGUAUGGACCGGGCAAACUACAAGAAGAACAGCGACUACGACAUUUCCACCCUCCAGGGCUACAAGGAGUCGUUUGAGCGCGAGUACUACGACUUGACAAGAUCGGGCAUGUUGAAGUACAGCCUCCAAGCCCGUAUCGGCCAGAUGGAUGGCAUCUUUGUCGCCUAUCAUAACACUGUCCGCUGCUUUGGCUUCCAGUAUCUCCCUCUAUCCGAGCUCGACGAGCGGCUAUUCGGCUCCACUGAAAUCGCCAACCAGGUCUUCCACCUCUGCGUGGGCCUGCUCGAGCGUAUCCUCGAAAAGGCUACCGAGAUCUUCCCCGACCGCUCGUUGUCAAUGACCCUUCACCGCACAAAGCCUCGGGCUACGGAGCACGACUUUGAGAACGAGCUCAUUGUGACGUUUGCGCCGACGACGUGGGACAACCCUGACACGCCGAUUCCCCGCCGUGCCAUGUCCAUCAAGCUCAAGGCUGAGCUUGAUGGCACGCUGAUCGAGGGGGGUGUUCUCGAGCUUUCUGGGGAUCGGGUAGCGAGGAGGGAGCAGAAGCUCAAGGUGCAGUGGGACAUGGGCAUGACGCCUGAUACCGUCGACGGCAUUGCGACGGCCACAACACUGAGGGACAAGGCCAUCACGACCGUGCGGGCGAUGAACUCGCUCUCGGUGCCAGACGGCGAGACGCCAUUCAAGAUGCUGCAGGCAACGCGGAAGAAGUAUGAGGGCCAGGUACGCAACACGGCCGAGGUGCGAUGGGUUGCGCCCAACGAGCGCACGGUGGCUCUUCGUCAAGAAGCGCAGGAGAGCGGCAAGGCGUACCGCAAGCGCGUGGAAUCGUGGUCCGCAGCAAAAGAUGGCAUGUGGUGGGGCGCCGAGUCGCAGCGUCCGGGGGCCAACGGGGCCGAGGCGAGCAAGUAGACGCCCGAGGUGGA